UCAGUUGUUAGCAUAAAUCUCUUAACCUAACUUCCAGAAGAGCCACUUGUUCAACGAUUCAAAUGUUGACGCUGGGAUCUCCAGGUUAGAAAAACUCUGGCUGUAUAGACCCUUUACUGGCCCUGGGACUGAAGACGAACACUCAGUAAAUGACAGAUCACACUUCGUACACCUGCCUCGGUCAGCACCAUGUCAGCCCUCCGUAGACCUCUACCAGUACCAUCCCCUCCUUCACACGUCGGUAGGCUACAUACAGACAACAGACCCAUUUUAUAAUGACGAGGAGCUAAUACAGAAUUAUGUACGAUCAUGUUACUGCUGCACCGACAGCUGAACGGCAGAAUGCGGGCUUCCCUAAAGACACACCACCGCCUUUCGUUUUCCAUCCACCGGAACGAUGACUUAUUAUGGUGUUUCACCGACCAACACGCCUCCGUCGACUCGCCUCUGCCUUCUCUUUGGAUGGACUGCUCUAAAUGAUAGCAGGUGUGACAAGUAGCUCGCCUUGGCUGCGGGAAGCUGCAAAGCAAGGUAGCGCCUCUUCCUGCUCCACGCCCUGUGAUUGUUAUCAGUAGCUGCCCAGCACCAUGUCCCCUCCGGUAUCAGCAGCGACAGCGAGUGAAAGCAGUACCACCACUGUUUUCGAGGAGGACACCAGAGAGGAGCAAAGACCCCUGAAACAGUCACUGAGCAAGUCCUUAUGUCGGGAGAGCUUCUGGAAAUGCCUGCUCCUAUCUGUUCUCAUGUAUGGCUGCAUGGGAGUGAUGGUUUGGUGUCAUGUCACCAAGGUGACCCGCCUCACCUUUGACAGUGCCUUCAAAGGGAAAUCCAUGAUUUACCAUGACAGCCCCUGCUCUGAUGGCUAUAUCUACAUCCCUCUGGCCCUACUGGGCAUGCUCUAUUUAGUCUAUCUUGUGGAAUGCUGGCAUUGUCAUGUGAAGAAUGAGCUACAGCACAAAGUGGAUGCGGAGGGGAUUUAUGAGCUCAUCCCGCGGAUGCAGCACGCUAAACCAUGCAUCUGGUGGAAGGCCAUAAGCUACCAUUAUGUACGCCGAACUCGACAAGUCACACGCUACCGUAAUGGAGAUCCUUACACCAGUACUCAAGUGUACCAUGAACGUGUCAACACCCAUGUGGCAGAAGCUGAAUUUGACUACAGUCCCUGUGGUGUGAAAGAUAUAUCAAAACAGCUGCUGGGCUUGGAGAAGUCUGCCCUUACCAAGAUGCGGUUCACCAAGUGCUUUAGUUUUUCCAACGUUGAGUCAGAGAAUUCCUACCUUACACAACGAGCAAGGUUUUUCACUGACAAUGAGGGCCUUGAUGACUAUAUGGAAGCCAGGGAAGGCAUGCACCUGAAGAACAUUGACCUGAAGGAGUAUGUCCUGGUGCUGUCUGACCCAGAGCACCAUCCCUGGUAUCUGUCCCACUCUAUCUUCUGGCUUGCCUCAUUCCUCACUUUCUCCUGGCCUCUCAGAGUCUUCACAGAGUAUCGUACUGCAUAUGUCCACUAUCGUGUAGAGAAGCUCUUUGGGCAGGAUUAUCUCCAGGUGACCCCAUGUGAUGAUCGGCCAUAUUGGCGUCGUAUCCCUCGUGUUAACACCAUUGACAGUACAGAACUGGAAUGGCACAUUCGCUCCAAUCAGCAGGUAGUGCCCAGUUACUCGGAGGCUGGCCUGAUGGACCUGGCCCAGUGCUCGCCCAGCUUCAGUGGGAUUCGUCAGAAUUGUGAGUGUUGCCACAGAGCCAUCAGUUGCUCCUCGGUGUUCUCCAGGAGCGCCCUCAGCAUCUGUACUGGAGCCAGCUCCCGUAUCCCCUUCAGUGGCAGCCGGUUCUCCCUGGCAUGGCGCUACGGUUCCCAGCGCAGCUGCUUCUGGAGGAGUGGCAGCUUUGGUGACCAGGAAAGCCCCAGUGAAAACACCCGCUGUCUGUCAGAGCGUCUCACCACAGAUGAUGAGGAACCCCCAGACUAUGAGGAUGCACUCUGCUACCCAGUGCUUAUUGUCCACUGCAGUGAGAACUGUCAAAACCACAGGUCAUUCCACAGAAAUGGCUCCUGUGUGGAGACUUCCUUAUGACUAUGCAGUCAUUGACAAAGAAGCAUUUGCUUUUCUGUAGCAUACAAACACUUUGGACAUCAGAAAUUGAGUGUACAAACAAGUCAUAAUGUGUGAUACUCAGAUUCAUGCUGUAUUGUCAUACUAGCUAAAACAAAUGCCUGAAUGUGUGACUCACCAAAGCAAUAACAGUGAUUAGUGUGUGCAGAAAAACAUGACAGUGUUAUGUGAGCCUAGUGUAACACACAAACAGAAAACUUAUUUCUGCUUGGCUUCCAGUGACAACAAGGCAGACAAAGACUGUUACAGUACACUGUAUAUCACUGCCAUAGCUUUUAAGACCUCAUAUUUACAGGGCAUAUGAAACAAAAUCUGAAUCUGCAGUUACCUCAUAAGACCUCAUGGACCAGAUGAACAGGUUAAAACAUCACAUUCUCUCAGUGGAAUCGCAGCAACAUACAUCCUCCUUUUAUUUCAGCAAUAACUACAAGUAACACCAUCUUCUUGAGUGAAAAUAUAAAAGGAGGAGUAUCGGUCAAAUGUUAUGCUUAUGCAUAUCACAAAAAACUGGUUAUAGUGGAAACCUACAAAUGAACUCUUUGAUACUCAUCUGUGAUGUUUGAAAACUUUCAUCGUUUAUGUUGUGAUGAACUGCUGUUUUUGGUGUACUGACCUUUGCUUUUUAUUCAACAUGCCUCAGCUAUAGUACAGCUAGUGACUUUUACAUUUCCCAGAAUGCCUUUUGACAACUGCAGAUAACAGGUAUAAGCUUAUUUCCAACUGCAGGUUUUCUGUGUUGAUGGAAAGGAACAUAAAGAUAGUAAAAAGAGAGAGCUGUUCUGAGCGAGAGACUUGCAGUAAGACUUCUGUUAAGGCUACUAUGGGAUGGAGAAUUUAUUAGCCUAUAAAAGAUAUACUUUUGUUCAUGGAUUUUUUUUUCAUUGGAUUGGUUGGUGCUAUAUGGCAGCUCCAGAGAGGAAUGUCAGUUUCUUUUGGAUGUUGACGGUCUAAAACCUAAAGAUGAUGUCUACAGUUGAUAUUUUAGAAAAAUAGUGUUCUACAAACAUGAUGAGACAUGAUCAUGUUUUGGGUAUCUGCAACAAAAUAAACAAAAACAGAAUCAGAGCAGCAUUAAACAGUAGGUUUUAGGGUGGAUUUUGACAUCUGACAAUUUGUCUUGAUUGACCCAGAAACGGAGCAUUUCAGAGCACUAGCUCUGUCAAGUCAUGUGAACCUUUAAUUGGACCAACUGAAACACAUUAUGAAAAACCAAUCUUCCACACUGACUUAAGCUAGUACAUGCCUACUGUCAUAAAAAACCUGCUGGCAGCUGUGGUACAAACACAUCAAUAUGUCAUUACAUUAAUCUCAUGGUCAGAAAAUAUAGUUUAAAUGUACAGUAUGACAUCUGAACAGGGGGAUGCCACAUCAGUCACAUCUUUCAACAAUCAGGCUGUGUGUAUUCAGCAGCAUAAAGAUUAUGAAUGAGUAAAAAACAAAACAUUCCUGAAUGUAAACCACCAGCACAUAAGAUUUUAUAGUAUAUGUCCAUUGUGUGUUGAUAGUAAAUGAAUAAUGCUCCAUUUUUAAUAUUUAAAACAGCGAUUUCACUAUCCAGUGUAUACUGAUUGUGGUCAGUGUCAAAAGAGCACCACACACACCAACAUGCCACCAUGUUUUCUAAGGAGACACUGGAUGAUGACACUUGAUUUAUCUGGAGAACACCUAUUAUAGAAUCCAGUUUACAGGUAGAAUAUGCAAGGAUAUAAAUGCACUUACAUUUACACACCAACAUUGUACAAACAUUUUAAUACUGACUUUUUUUAAAGCAUCAAACAGGAACCUGCUAUAUACAUCCUAGCAAAUAACAUCUUGUUCUCACAUUUUCAAAUGUAGUCACAGCAGUAUUAUGCACUUGAAGUGACAUUAUAGACAUGUAUUGUAGUGAAGCUGAAUGUUGAUGUAAAUUCUCUUAAAGUAUUCAAGCUGAUAUAUUACAGCUACACAGCUAAUCAGACAUAAACUAAUACCAGACCACUUAAAGUGUCAUGUAAACUGUUCUUGUUGUAAUAAAAUGGGCUGUAGGAAUAACUUGAUUACCUUUUAACUAAAUGUGUAUUCAAAUUUAUCUAAUGCUGGAUAAAAUAAAAGUUGCAAUAAAUGUCUGGGGCAAACCCAUGUAUAUUUAAAAUAUGGUGCUGGCUUGGAUUCUCAAACUUGUUGGGAAAAUCUAGGUGGGGCCAGAAGUGUGUGUACUGGAGGAGCUGAUACAUGGAACCUAAGACAUACAAUCACAGUGGGAACAGGAUGGUGUAAAUAAUAACUCAGUGAUGGCUGCUUCACUUUCAGGGUCCUGGUAUUGUGCAUCGUGGCUCACCUUCACACUGUCAUGGCUACUGGCCCAGGACACCCGAGAAGAGCAGAGCCAUCAUCAAUAUUAUUAGCAACACCUCUGCUUUUCUCACUAUGAGUCAAAAUGUCUGCUGUGAAAAAUGCCUAUUAGAACUUUUUCCUUUCUUGUUAAUUACACUGUUACCUUAAAAACCUAAAACAAAAUAAACAAAAAAAAAAAAACCCACAUGGUUGAUAAAUAUCUGAAUCAGCUUUAAUUCUGAAGUAUGUCAAGCAUAUAAGGGAUUUGUGUCCAGCACAGAGGCUCUUGGUGUGUUUUAGGCUACAGACAGUAGACGACAACAAACAAUAGAAAAGUGCAAAUAAAAGGCAGGGGAAGCAUGGGAGAAAGAGGAGAGACAGUAUUUAUAAACAAUAUAUACAUACAGUAUAUACACAUUUUGAGCUAUCAGACUGGUGCAUGUAGCUGUACUAUUUACAAUUAUUGCACUUUAUUGGUUGCCGAAUCCUGUUGCUUUGGUCAUGGGUUAAGUGUUCCUCACAGUGAUGGUCCAGAGGAACUGUCCUUAUGUCUGGUUGUUUUGGCGUACAGUGACCUGUAGCACCAUCCAGAGGGGAGGAGUUCAGAC